GCCCCGUGCCGUCCUUCAGCGUUGCGGAAGAAAGAUGUGUUCGUUGUUUUGGAGGUCUAAUUAAAAGGUAAUAACACCUUAUAUUGUGACAGUUCCCUGCGAUUUCGAUGAUGCUUUUCCUUCGAGUCCCAAUUUCAGUGCCACAGAAGCUCUUCUGUCUCUUCCGAUGGAUAAUAGGAGCGCUUGCUAGUGCCACUGGUGUGGUCCCCAAGGAGGACCAUGAGGAUGUCAAUGGCAGAAUGGGGCGCCGCCCUGAUGACUUGAUGAAGUCAGAGCCACUUCCUCAUGGCCUCCGGAGAGAGCUGAUGCCCAGGCAUGUCGCAGUAAUCAUCGACUGCAAUGGCAGGAGGGCAUGCCACUGGGGGUUGCCGGGGUCAUCGGGCCACGAAGCGGGAAUACGACCCUUAAGGGAGCUCGUUGAACUAUGUGGUAAAUGGGGCAUUAAGGUGCUUACACUGCUUGCAUUCUCUUCCGGGAACUGGUCUCGGUCUAAGGAAGAGGUCGACUUCUUGAUGGAUUUGCUUGAAAGACUACUACAAUCUGGGCUUGAGAUAAUGUUUGAGAGAAGGCAUGCGGAUAUCCACGAUAGGAGACUCAUCAAAACUUCCCAAGUCAUUGCAACAAAUAUUGACUAAGGCGGAACAGUCGACAAAAAAGCAAACUCCGGUCUCCACCUCGUUUUUGCGAUUAGCUAUAGUGGGAAAUAUGAUAUAUCUCGAGCAUGUAAGAGCAUAGCUCACAAAGCGAAAGAUGGUAUCAUCUGUUUGGAAGACAUCGAUGAGA